UGGUAGCUCCACAUGUGGACGGGAAGUAGUGUUUUGAUUCAUAUUUUUACUACAUAUUGACACAUUUCAUUCACAGAAAUGGAUGACAUAAGGAAGGAUGAGCGAUUUGCUCACAUCGUCAAAGAUCCACGGUUUCGAACGAUGCCAAAGAACAAGAAAAAGGUAAAAAUCGACAAAAGAUUUCAAUCGAUGUUCACUGACAAGAAAUUUAAGCUGAAAUAUUCAGUCGACAAGAGAGGCAGGCCAGUUCAGUCUACGACUAACGAAAAUCUGAAGAAGUAUUAUGAACUGUCAGACGAAGAUGGAAGUGAUUCCACGGAUGAUGAAAUCGAUAGUGACGGCUCUGACGAAGAGAGUAAUAUCAUUGCAAAACUCAAAAAGAAAGUAGAAACGAAGUCAAAAUCGUCAGAUAACAAGAAAACUAAUGCGAAAAAGACUAAAUCGGUCGCACAGAGUACUAAUUCUGUCAAAAAAUCAAACAUAAUGAGGAAGAAAAACAGUGCCCAAUCAAGUAGUGAGGAAGAACAGCAUCAAUCAGAGUCUAGUGAGGAAAGUGUGAACGCCGUUUCCAAAGGUAGCAAAAACAAAGGUAUUGCAAAUGGGAAGAAAACAGGCAUUGUCAAAGAAGAAAGCAGUGAUGAUGAUGAUGAUGGUGAUGAUGAUGAUGAUGAUUCAGAGGACGAGUCUAGCGAUAGUGACAUUGCUGGCUCUGUUCCUAAAGUUGGGGAAGAGGAACCAGAUUACGCCCGUGGUGAGGGGCUGAUUGAGAGUUCGACUGAUGAAGACGAUGAUGAAGUGGAGGAAGAAGAUGAUGGAUUUGAUCACAAGUGGGGCGAGCUGGACAAGGGGGUACCAGAAGCAGAUGAGUUGAGUCAUCGUCUGGCUAUUUGCAAUAUGGACUGGGAUAGGAUCAAAGCUGCUGAUCUGUUUGUGUUGUUAAACUCAUUUAAACCAUCCCAUGGUGUGAUCAAUUCUGUUCGUAUCUACCCGUCCGAGUUCGGGCUUCAGCGGAUAAAGGAGGAAGAAAUGUUUGGCCCAGCAGAGCUGAAGGAACAUGGCCAGGAGGUGGAUGUUGAUGAAGAAAGAAAUGAGGAUGAGAAUGAAGACAAUCCGUAUCAUCGUGAAAAACUUCGUGAAUAUCAGCUGAAUAGGCUUAAAUAUUACUAUGCUGUUUUAGAGUGUGAUUCAGUUGCAACUGCUAGUAAGAUUUAUGACGAAUGUGAUGGAAUGGAGUAUGAAACAAGUUCAGCUCGGAUGGAUUUGAGGUACAUACCAGAUGAUAUGACAUUCGAUCAACCUGUUAAAAGUGAGUGCUUUUCUCUUCCGGAUGCUACAUCAUAUAAACCUGCCUUUUUCACUUCUGCUUUGUGUCAGUCAAAAGUGGAUUUGACAUGGGAUGAAACGGACCAGGACAGAGUGAAGGUGACAAUGAAAAAGAUGGACAAAAAGGGGGAGAUUAACGAGGAUGAUUUCAAGGCCUAUUUGGCAUCCUCAUCUGAGGAUGAAGGGCAACGCUACAGUGGUUUAGUGGCUCAUUCAGAUGAAAGUGAUGAAGUUUCAGAUGAGGACAGGCAGAUUGAGAAAUAUAAGAAUUUGUUGAAAGAAAUUGAUGAGUCAUCAAAUCGCAAGGGUGAUAUGGAAAUGGAGAUAGAAUGGGAACCCGGUUUGAAAGACACCACGGAUGACAUAGUGAAAACUAAGAAGAAGACGAAAGAUCAGACUCCAUGGGAGGAGUAUCAGCAGAGGAAAAAGGAGAAGAAGAAACAGAAGAGGGAAGAGAUGAAGAAGAUGCGACACGAUAAGAAGGAAGGAAGGACUGGAGAGCAGGCAUUCAGUGAUGACGAACUCCCAGCUGGCUUGGCUGAUAGUUUCUUUACUGAUGCAUUAAGUAGUGGAAAGGUAGAAUCUUCCAAAAAGAAGAAGAAGAAAGGGAAGAAGAACUUGACAGAGGAAGAACAAGAAAUGUUGAAGAAGGACCAGGCUGAGCUUUCUCUGUUGAUGAUGGAGGAAGAUGACGGACAUCGUCAUUUUAACCUGGGUGAUUUGGUGGAGAAGAAGAAAAAGAAGAAGAAAAGGAAGAAGCAGGAGGAGGAGGAAGACAUGCCACAAAAGACAGGGGAUGAUUUUCAGAUGGACAUCAAUGACAGUCGGUUUGGGGCAGUGUUUGACUCCCAUUUGUUUAACAUUGAUCCCUCUGCUCCGGAAUUUAAGAAAACCAAAGGUAUGGAGGCAAUCAUUGAGGAGAAGUUGAAACGGAGGAAGAUUGACAGUGGCAGUAGUGAGAGGACUAAAGCUAAGGCAGUGCAGAAGGAAGAACCAGGGCAUGAACUGAAGCCAGUCAAGGACAUGACCUUGACCUCUCUUGUGAAAUCUGUGAAGGCUAAAACUCAGCAGUUUCAGACCAAAAAGAAAAAGAAGUGAUGAUAGAUUAGAUAAUCAUUUUGUAAUUUAUAACGAAAGUCUGAAUUGGUCUUCUUGUCUGUGUUUGAGUGAAAUGUAUAUUCAUGAGUUGACGGUAUGGUUAUGGAAUUGAUUUUAGCAUGCAAACAAGGUUGAAACAUGGGCAUACAUAGUGUUGGAUUGUGGGAAGGGUCAGGUGUUUACAUGAGCAAGAGACGAUCUGAUCUUGCAAGUUCAUAAGCACAAGUUGAAAUGUAGAAGAAACACUCAUAAAAUCUUACAAAUGUUACAUCAUUAAAAUACAGUUAGUGUAAACUGGUGAGCAUCUGCAGUACUUCAUUCAGCUAAUAAGUAAGACAGUGAAAUGUAAACACAAACAGUCUGAAGCUGUAUAUUAAGAAAUAUGGGUCAGUUUUGGUGAACAUUGUUCAUCCAGAAGUUCUGGUUCAUGGAUUACAAACAGGGCUCCACUGUUGACAAGAUGAACAAUAUUGGUAGUGAGAUAUCAAGGGUUAAUGCAAAAUGCCAGUAAGCAGGAUUCUGGGCAAGUAAAUAUUUGGGACCACAGAUGUUUCAAAUGACAGCAGCCACAUUGCUGGAAUAUUGCUGAGUGUGGCGUUAUAGAACAAGCCCACUGUAGCUUCCUGAAACAUGUACAUUGGUUAAAGUCUGGUCUCUACUGCAGACAGAUGUGCUGCAGGGUUGUAGUGUAGAACGAUAUUCAGCUGCACCUUCCCAGCCUAGUGCUGAUGGA